AUGACAAGUUCAGGUUGUUGUCGUCACUGGUGUCGUCGUUACCAGAUCCUUUGUUUGGAAUCGGUAUCGUCAUCGUUACCGGAGCCGUUGUUUGAGUUGGAAUUUGUGUUAUUAUCGGUACAUCAUUUAGGUGUCAUUUAUUCUGUGUUGGUAUUGUCUGUCUUGGCUGGUGAAGCAGUCUGUGGUACUCUUCUUGUUUUGAAUGCAUUACUAAUAGUUCUUUUUUUUUUUAGAGCAUUCAUGGAAUUUGUGGAC